AUGAGGAUACACCUCUACUUAAUAUUAUUAUUAAUUCAUAUUUUCUUACAAAAUAAAUCAAAUGCAUUCGAACAACGAUCCGAUUGCGUAGAGUCUUGUUCUCAUUUGGAUACAAGUCAAGAGUUUGGAGAUUGCCUGGCAAAAUGUUCGAAACGGCCGAGAAAGGAUAAUCUAGGAGAUUCACAUUUAUUCGCAAUGCCACCAACAAAUGUAGAAAUCGAGACGAAAGUUAUUAUGGAUGGCGGAAAAAUAUUAGAAACCACAAUUAACUGGAAAGCCGACGAAAAAGACACACGUCGAGAAGGCUUCUAUAUUAGGUACACUGCCGUAAAUUCAACAUGCCAGAAACAUUUUCCUGGGUAUUUUACUUCUUCUAUUCUUCCGGAUGAAAGAUCUCUAACAAUUCCAUCAGCCUUCAAUGGUCAUGCUCUUGUAAUUGAUCACUCUUGCUCUUACCAUCUUCAAAUUCGUGCAAAGCCAUAUCCACCUGGUGAUGAUAAAUAUAUAAUUGAACGAAGGCAUACUGUACCUGAUUGUAUUGAUAAGUACUGUAGCUGUCGACCUGGUGAUGUGGCAGCUAUUCGGGAUGUUUCUGUGGAUGCAGAGUAUCGAUUGAAUUGGAAAUUUGAUGAAAUGAAAGGAAGAGAGUAUCAGUUCUAUGUUGAUGUAUAUGAAAGAAUCGCGAUGCCUCUAAUCAAGAAAAAAGGAUCUGAACCCGAAUCAGAGGAGUACACCUUUAGAAUAGCCAACGCCGAUUCUUAUGAGAUUUCUGCAAAAUCUGCAGAGACAUCUGCUCACACCUACCAAUAUCAACUACCGUUCCAAUUUACCCCGUUUCAACAAUACAAGAUUUCAAUAUUCGCUGUUGAUGACAGUUUCUGUCAUAAUCAAGAUGUAUUCCAUAUAUUCAAUACAACAAAUGCCACGUUUUCUAGUUCUGAAAUUCCGAAAACAACACCGAUUCCAGAAAUAUCUGGCUCAGCAAUUACCAAGACUACAAUGCUUAUGGAGUCAUCAAUUUUGGUAAUUUUCCUAAUUGUGGUCGCCUGUAUGUCACCGAUUUGUACAAUGAUCGUACUUCUUUGCCUCAGAAGACGGAAAAAGGAAAUCAAAAAACGUCAUCACUUCCUCCAUCGUCGAUCACUUUCAUGUUCUCGUCAUAGUAUCAUUGAAACAAAUAUUCUAUAUCGACCACCAAAUGAAGUAAAUGGAGGAACUACGGGAGAAUGGUUGAUUAGAGGACAAGAUAUUGUUGUUGGAGCUGUUAUCGGAGAAGGAGCGUUUGGUCAAGUGUUCAAAGGAAUUCUACGUGGUCCAAAUGGUCAAGUAAUUCCAGUUGCAGUAAAACAAUUAAAAGCAAAUGCAAUUGAUGAAGAACGAGAAGAAUUUGUGAGGGAAAUUCAAAUGAUGCAAACGGUUGGUCAACAUGACAAUAUUGUGACAAUGUAUGGAUACUGUAUGGAUGAACAAUUACAAUGUAUGAUAAUGGAGUACGUACCAUAUGGAGAUUUGAAACAUUAUUUGCAGAAUAUGAGAAAGGAGAAGGACUCAGACAGUGCGAUUGAUUCCAAAGAAUUCUUGUCAUUUACGAAUCAAAUUGCUUGUGGAAUGGCUCAUCUUGAAUCAGUUGGGAUUAUUCACAGAGAUCUUGCUGCAAGAAAUAUUCUCGUUGGAACGGGAAAAGUUCUGAAAAUCUCCGAUUUUGGAAUGUCUCGUCCUGGAGUUUAUAUCAAAAUGAGCAAAGGAGUGAUUCCACUUCGUUGGCUGUCUCCUGAAGCAAUUAAAGAUAAUACUUAUUCAAAUAAGAGCGAUGUUUGGGCUUUUGGAGUUUUACUCUGGGAAAUAGCCACUCUUGGAGGAUUCCCGUAUAACAAUGUGGCAGAUAAGGAUAUUCUAAAUCAAUUGACUGAAGGAAUGAGACUGGAACAACCUGCCAAAUGUUCUGAUGAUAUGUACAUUUUAAUGAAAUCAUGUUGGAAUUUGAAAGCAGAAGACCGUCCAUCUUUCUUGGCAAUUUUGAGUAAAAUCGAGCAAAUAGCAAAUGUUGAUGCAGAUGCUCCACCAUCCGAUCCACCUGCAAAAGAUGUUUAAUUUUCUAAUUUUUUCAUGUGUUUCUAUUCUUAACGGGUUUUAUUUUUUGUACAAACAGAGCUCGAUUCGAUUAUUUAUUUGGUUUUUUUAUUAAUAAAUGAAAAUUCAGUUUUUUAAAAAUAAAACUUCGAAAAAAAAAA